GAACCACUGCUCCAGGCUGCGGUAUUCAUUGAGCCAUUUCUCCGAAACGGUGCAAAGAAAGGCGAUUUAGGCAAUAAGGAGCACCUGGGCGGGUUCGCCCUGGAUGGGGAAGGUGGAUCUUAUUAGCACUUUGUACUUAAAAGCGGAGUUUGCAGGCCAAAGCGCAAGAUGCAAGCUUAGUGAGAGGAGGAAGAGCUGGUCUCCGAGCCCCGAAGACUAAGGAGAGUCUCGGCACGUAUAAGCCUUCUAGGCUGAAGAGCUAAGGAUGGACAGCAACCGGGGUAAGGUACUUGUGAGGUCUUCUACCAUCCACGUCGUGCUUGGAGCCCGUGCUUUCUCAUCGGCGGAGUGAAGCUCCCCGGGCCGUUCUAAAGAUCCAACCCCUCCGGUUCCAGCAAGCCUUCUGAGGCCGGUACAGAUACCCGGAGUAUGAGUCAGGCCCCAUCAGUUAUGCAGCAUCACCAGCCAGGUGCCCAGCACAGUGACUCUGAAGUUACGUUUCUCAGCCAUAUCCUGUCCAACCGUGGGAUUAAGAUCUCUACAUUUUACCACUCAAACUUCCAGGACUACCAGGCCUACCAAGGAGACAAAUACCACAACGUCCUGAACUCCUUGGGCUUCCUUAACCUUGGCAUCCAUGAGAACAGGCUGUGUGUUGAUCUGAUGACCGAAAGGUUGUGUCAGAAUGACAUGAACUACAUCGAGGAGCCCCUGCUGCAGUACCCGGACUGGAGAGGGCACCCGUUCCUGCGGGCGGAAGUGGCCAAGUUCCUGUCCUACUACUGCGGAGCACAGAGCCGCCUCGAAAUGAGAAGUGUGGUUGUUCUGAAUAGCUGCUCUGCUGUCCUCUCUGCGCUGGCCAUGGUUCUGUGUGACCCAGGGGAUUCCAUACUGGUCCCCACUCCCUUCCACAGUGGCUUCCUCGUUAGCGCCCAGAUGUAUGCACAAGUUGAGCUGAUUCCCGUCCACGUGGACAGUGAGAUCACUAAUAAACGCAUCCAGCCUACCAAGCCCACUGUGGGCAAACUAGAGCAAGUCCUGCUUGAAGCUAAGAAUAAGAGUAAAAAGGUCAAAGGCCUCUUGCUGGCAAACCCUCAGAAUCCUCUGGGUGACGUCAACAUGAAGGAAACAUUGAGAGAAUACCUGAAAUUUGCCAAAAGAAAUGAACUGCAUGUGAUCAUCGAUGAAACGUACAUGCUGUCCAAGUUCGACGAAACCAUCGUAUUCCACAGUGUUCUGAGCUUAGAAAGUUUGCCUGAUCCCAACAGGACCCACGUGAUCUGGGGCAGUAAGGAUUUUGGCAUCACUGGCUUCCGCUUUGGCGUUCUGUAUACUCACAACGAUGAUGUGGUCUCUGCCAUGAGCCCCUUUGGCUACCUCCACAGUGUCUCUGGCAUCACCCAGUACAAGCUGCGUCGUCUGCUUGGGGACAGAGACUGGAUCAACAGAGUGUACCUGCCCACGAGCUACUCCCGGCUCCGCGACGCGUAUAAGUACGUCACCAAGAGGCUGCUCGAGUUGGAGGAGCAGUUUCAGUUCAAGAUCUGCUUUCCCCGUCGAGGCUGUGGCCUUUCUAUCUGGAUAAACUUGAAGAAGCUACUGGAACCGUGCACAUUUGAAGAAGAACUGAUCCUCCACCGCCGCUUCCUGGACCACAAGCUGAUAUUAGCCCGUGGCAAAUCUUACAUGUUCGAGGAACCUGGCUGGUUUCGCCUCAUGUUUGCAGAAAAUCCCCACCGACUAAGAGAAGCCAUGGAUCGGUUUGCUCAGGCAAUAGAGGAGCAGAAGCAGCACUGGAGAGAGCAGAUGCUGGACGUGCAGUGGUGAUAGCUGUCAGCCUUGUCACAUGCUUGGCGUCCCUAAGGCUGGGGACGGAGCUGGUGCUGCGGCCACACACGUGGACUUCUCUAGGCCCAGUAGCGCCUGACUCAGUCAGCAACCUCUUUAAGCUGAGCAUCUGUCGUCUUUGGAAGAUUUGUGUCUUUUUAAUCUUUGCUAGCCAUUGUGUAUGAAAUAAACCACUUACUGAGGCUGGAGUGGGCAGCA